AUGUCUGCUCCUCCACCCAAGGGUAUCUACGUGCCCGUUCCCACGUUCUUCGCUUCCAAGAAGACUGCCAACUACAACGCUAUUACCCCACCCAUCGAUAUUGAAACACAGGUCGCUCAUUCAGUCUUCCUGGCCAAGAAUGGAAUCAAGGGCCUAGUAGUCCUCGGUAGCACAGGAGAAGCUGUUCAUAUUCACCCUAGAGAUCGCCACGCCAUUCUCAGUGGUAUCAAGGCUGGUCUUGAGAAGGAGGGUUUCAAGGAUUAUCCCAUCAUUGCGGGCACAGCAACAAACAGCGUCGAAGAGACUGUUGAACAACUCAAGGAUGCUCAAAAGUCGGGUUCCCAAUGGGGAUUGUGCCUCGUUCCUGGGUACAAUGCCGGUGCAGUUACACAAGAGGGUAUUAUCCAAUGGUUUACUGCCGUUGCUGACCAAAGUCCCAUUCCUGUCAUGAUCUACCAUUACCCCGGAGUCUCGAACAACGUCAAAGUUGCACCUUCGACAUAUGCCAUACUUGCAAAGCACCCUAACAUUGUCGGCUGCAAGCUCUCUCAUGGAGAUGUCUCGGUAGCCGCGCAGGUUGCUUCCAACCCAUCCAUCGAUCACACCCACUUCCACUGUUUCACAGGCCUCGGACAACAGCUCCUACCUGUUAUCUCAAUUGGCUUUGCCGGCGCCAUUGAUGGCUCAGCGGGAUUCUUCCCCAAGUCACUGGUGCGACUCUUCGAGCUGUCGUCCAAGACCCAGCCUACAGAUGCUGAGAUCCAGGAGCGAAGACUGCUGCAGUUCAAGGUUAGCUCAAUGGAGGAGCUUGUGGUCAAGUUUGGUACUGUGGGUAUCAAGGAUGCUAUUAGCAGACUGAGAGGCUUUGGGGAUACAGACGGUACGAGGUUGCCGCUCGUGGGUGGUAUUCCUGGUGGUGAUGCUGAGUGGGCGAAGUGGAAGGGGGUGAUUGAUGCAGUUGAGGAGGUUGAGAAGUCGCUAUAA